AUGCUGGUGCCAAGCUGUCCCACCGUGCGCCGAGCCAGGCCCGCGCUGAUGCUCAUCACCCUGGGUCUGCUCCUCCACCUCGCCGACGCUCAAACGCCGCCAAAGUUCUUACGAACGCCCAACGACCAAACGGGCGUGCAGGGCGGCGUGGCCUCCUUCAUCUGCCAGGCCACGGGCGACCCUCGGCCUAAGAUUGUGUGGAACAAGAAGGGGAAGAAAGUGAGCAACCAGCGAUUCGAGGUUGUGAUCGAGUUUGACGACGGCUCCGGCUCUGUUUUGCGCAUCCAGCCCCUGCGCACGCCGCGAGACGAGGCCAUCUACGAGUGCGUGGCCUCCAACAGCGUCGGAGAGAUCAGCGCCACUACCCGGCUCACCGUUUUACGUGAGGACCAGUUGCCUCCUGGUUUCCCCACCAUAGACAUGGGCCCGCAGCUAAAAGUGGUGGAGCGAACUCGCACCGCCACCAUGCUCUGCGCCGCCAGCGGCAACCCGGACCCGGAUAUCUCUUGGUUUAAAGACUUUCUCCCCGUCAAUACCACCAACAACAACGGACGUAUCAAACAGCUCAGAUCAGAAUCCUUUGGUGGUACGCCAAUAAGAGGAGCCCUGCAGAUUGAGCAGAGCGAGGAAUCGGACCAGGGAAAGUAUGAGUGUGUGGCCACCAACAACGACGGGACGCGCUACUCGGCGCCGGCUAACCUUUAUGUGCGAGAGCUUCGAGAAGUACGCCGGGUGCCGCCGCGCUUCUCCAUCCCGCCCACCGACAACGAGAUCAUGCCGGGCGGCAGCGUGAACAUCACGUGCGUGGCGGUGGGCUCGCCCAUGCCGUACGUCAAGUGGAUGCUAGGCGCCGAGGACCUGACGCCCGAAGACGACAUGCCUAUCGGGCGCAACGUGCUGGAGCUGACUGACGUGCGCCAGUCGGCCAACUACACGUGCGUGGCCAUGUCUACACUGGGCGUCAUCGAAGCCGUGGCGCAGAUCACCGUCAAAGCGUUGCCCAGGACGCCCGGCGUCCCGGUGGUUACUGAACGCACCGCCACCAGCAUCACUCUGACCUGGGAUUCCGGCAAUCCCGAACCGGUGUCCUACUACAUCAUCCAGCACAAGUCUAAAUACUCGGAGGACUCGUACAAGGAGAUCGACGGCGUGGCGACCACCCGCUACAGCGUGGGCGGCCUCAGCCCCUACUCGGACUAUGAAUUCCGCGUGCUGGCCGUCAACAACAUCGGCAGGGGCCCGCCCAGCGAGAGCGUGGAGGCCAAGACGGCCGAGCAGGCGCCCAGUACGUCGCCGCGACGGGUCCGGGGACAAAUGCUGAGCGCCACCACGGCCGUCAUCAACUGGGAAGAACCGGAGGAAGCCAACGGGCAGAUUAUGGGCUACAGAGUUUACUUUACCAUGGAUUCCGCUCAACACGUUAACAUGUGGGAGAAGCAAAUUGUCCGGGGGGUUAACUUCAUCACCAUCCAAGGCCUCAUCCCCAAUAAAACCUACUACAUUAAGGUGCUGGCUUUCACCUCGGUCGGAGAUGGACCUCUUUCCCCGGAUCUGCAGAUCAUUGCAAAGACGGGAGUUCCUUCCCAACCGACUGACUUCAAGGGCGAGGCCAAGUCGGAAACCAGCAUCCUGUUGUCGUGGGUGGCGCCGGUCCAGACGGGACAAGAGAACCAAAUCACAGGAUACGAUCUCUUGUACAAGAAAAAGGACGAUAAAGACGAGAGGCGAAUCAGCUUUGAGCCCACCUCCACGUACCUCAUGAAGGACUUGAAGCCCUUCACCACGUACGCUUUCCGCCUGGCGGCACGUAGCAGGCACGGCGUGGGCGCGUACACCAGCGAGAUCUCCGCCGAGACCCCGCAAACACACCCUUCUGGCCCGCCUACUGAUGUCAGGUGCUCUAGUCCCACGUCCACGAGCAUCCUGGUAAGUUGGCGGGCGCCCAGGACUGAAUCGCAGAACGGGGUGAUCACGCGGUACAGCAUCCAGUACGCCGCCACGGAAGGAGAGGACACUACCGCGCGACGGAUCGCGGACAUCCCGCCGGAGAGCUCGCAGUAUCUUUUGGAACACUUGGAAAAAUGGACAGUGUACCACGUGACGGUCACCGCGCACACGGAUGCCGGAGCGGGGCCGGAAAGUACGCCGCAACUGGUCCGCACAGAGGAGGACGUUCCUAGCGGGCCACCUCGUAAAGUCGAGGUGGAAGCUGUCAACUCCUCGUCAAUUAAAGUCAUCUGGCGCUCGCCGAUGCCCACCAAGCAACACGGGCAGAUCCGGGGAUACCAGGUGCACUAUGUACGGAUGCUAAACGGGGAGCCCGUGGGACAGCCCGUCAUCAAGGAUAUCCUGAUUGAUGACGCCCAGUGGGAAUUUGAUGAUUCAACCGAUCAUGAAAUGGUCAUCUCAGAACUGCAGGCCGAAACCACGUAUUCCGUCACCGUGGCGGCCUAUACCACAAAGGGCGACGGCGCACGCAGCAAGCCCAAACUGGUUACGACCACAGGUGCAGUUCCCGACAAACCUCGGCUAAUGGUCAGUACCACCAACAUGGGCACGGCUCUCCUCCAGUGGCAUCCCCCAGCGGUCACCCACGGUCCCCUGCAGGGUUACCGCCUCCGCUUCGGCCGCAAAGAUCUAGAACCGCUGACCGUAAUCGAGUUCCCCGAGCGGGACAACCACUACACCACCAGAGAGAUCCACAAGGGCGCCUCGUACACCUUCCGGCUUUCCGCGCGCAACAAGGUGGGCUUCGGAGAAGAGACGGUCAAGGAGGUGACCACGAACGAGGACGUGCCGAGCGGUUACCCUCAGUGGAUUACGGCCGACGCCGCAACCACCAACACCAUUCAGGUCAGCUGGCAAGAGUUGCUCCUGGCCGAGCGAAACGGCUACAUCAUCAAGUACGCUCUGCAGUACAAGGACAUCAACAGUCCACGAAGUCCCUCGGAACUGUUCAUUACCGCUCCUGAAUCUUCCGUGGUCUUGGAUGGCCUUAAGGCGGACACUACUUACGAUAUUAAAAUGUGUGCCUUCACCAGCAAGGGUUCUGGUCCCUAUAGCCCAAGUGUCCAAAUCAGGACACAGCCUUUGGAUCAAGCAGUGUUUGCAAAAAAUUUCCACGUGAGAGCUGCCACCAAGACGUCGGUGCUGCUGACCUGGGAGAUUCCCGACACCUACAACGCGGCUCAGCCGUUCACGAUUCUGUACGACAACGGGCAAAGCGUGGAGGUGGACGGCAAGCUGACGCAAAAGCUGAUCACGGGGCUUCAGCCGGAGACGCAGUACUCCUUCCUGUUGACCAACCGCGGGAACAGCGCCGGCGGUUUGCAGCAUAGAGUCGCGGCCGUGACGGCGCCGGACAUCCUACGCACCAAGCCGUACCCCAUCGGCAAAACUAACUCAGAUGGCAUGGUGACAGUGGAGCUGCCUUUGGUGCAGACGACGGAAAAUGUGAGGGCUUAUUACAUUGUGGUGGUACCUUUGAAAAAGCAGCGCGGUGGCAAGUUCGUCAAACCUUGGGACAACCCUGACGACAUGAACUUAGAAGAGCUGCUGAAGGAGAUAAACCGCACCAGCAGAGGCCUCCGGAUCCGAAGACAGGCGGAGCCCAAGGCGUACAUCGCCGCCUACUUCCGAGACUUGCCCAAAGAAUUCACGCUCGGCGACGGCAAGUUCUACGGCGACUUUGAAAACAAGCAACUGCAAAACGGACAGGAGUACGUCUUCUUCGUGCUGGCCGCUCUGGAGAUAUCCGACAACAUAAUGUACGCCACAAGCCCGUACUCUGACCCGGUGGUGUCGGCCGACAUAGACCCUCAGCCGAUCAUCGACGAGGAGGAGGGUCUCAUCUGGGUGGUGGGUCCAGUCCUCGCGGUCGUCUUCAUCAUAUGCAUCGUCAUUGCCAUUUUGCUGUACAAGAGUAAACCGGACAGGAAACGGGCUGAAUCGGAAGCGAGAAAAGGCAGUCUCCCCAACAGCAAGGAGAUGCCAUUGCACCACCCCACCGACCCCGUCGAGCUUCGCCGCCUCAAUUUCCAGACGCCUGGUCCGCGCUCGUCCGGUCAUCCAAGUAGUCUCCGUUUGUCAAGUAUGGCCAACCACCCGCCAAUCCCAGUCAUGGACCUAGCCGAGCAUUUGGAGCAGUUGAAAGCCAACGACAACCUCAAGUUUUCCCAGGAGUACGAGUCCAUCGACCCCGGGCAGCAGUUCACUUGGGAACACUCCAACUUGGAGGUCAACAAACCAAAGAAUAGAUACGCCAACGUGAUAGCCUACGACCACUCGCGAGUCUUGCUCUCCGCCAUUGACGGCAUCCCGGGAAGCGACUACAUCAAUGCCAACUACGUGGACGGCUACCGGAAGCAAAACGCGUACAUCGCCACGCAGGGAUCGCUACCCGAGACUUUUGGGGAGUUCUGGCGAAUGAUCUGGGAACAGAGGAGUGCCAUUGUUGUCAUGAUGACCAAGUUGGAGGAGCGAUCCAGGGUAAAGUGCGACCAGUACUGGCCCACCAGAGCCACGGAGACGUACGGCCUCAUUCAAGUGACUCUGCUGGACACGGUGGAGUUGGCCACCUACUGCGUCAGGACAUUUGCACUUUUUAAAAACGGCUCCAGCGAGAAGCGGGAGGUCAGGCAGUUCCAGUUCACGGCCUGGCCGGACCACGGGGUGCCGGAACACCCCACGCCGUUCCUGGCCUUCCUUAGACGGGUGAAGGCGUGCAACCCUCCGGAUGCCGGGCCGAUGGUGGUGCACUGCAGCGCCGGCGUGGGUCGCACAGGAUGUUUCAUCGUGAUCGACGCCAUGCUAGAGCGAAUCAAACACGAGAAGACGGUGGACAUCUACGGGCACGUGACGCUAAUGCGUGCCCAGCGCAAUUACAUGGUGCAGACGGAAGACCAGUACGUCUUCAUCCAUGACGCCUUGCUGGAGGCCGUCAACUGCGGCGCCACCGAAGUGCCGGCCCGGAACCUCUACGCUUACAUCCAGAAACUGACGCAAAUAGAGGCCGGAGAGAAUGUCACCGGCAUGGAACUUGAGUUCAAGCGUUUAGCCAACACUAAAGCCCAUACGUCGCGAUUCAUCAGUGCCAAUCUCCCCUGCAACAAGUUCAAGAACCGCCUUGUCAACAUCAUGCCGUACGAGUCCACGCGCGUGUGUCUCCAGCCUAUUCGAGGGGUGGAGGGAUCCGACUACAUCAAUGCCAGUUUCAUCGAUGGCUACAGACAACAGAAGGCCUACAUUGCCACACAGGGACCACUGGCAGAAACCACAGAGGACUUCUGGAGAAUGCUGUGGGAGCACAACUCUACCAUUGUCGUUAUGCUAACCAAGCUCAGAGAAAUGGGCAGGGAAAAAUGUCACCAGUACUGGCCUGCAGAGAGGUCAGCCAGAUACCAGUACUUUGUGGUGGACCCCAUGGCCGAGUACAACAUGCCGCAGUACAUCCUUCGAGAGUUCAAAGUGACGGAUGCCAGAGAUGGGCAAUCGCGGACGGUGCGACAAUUCCAGUUCACAGACUGGCCUGAGCAAGGAGUGCCAAAAUCCGGGGAGGGCUUCAUCGAUUUCAUUGGCCAAGUCCAUAAAACAAAAGAGCAGUUUGGCCAAGAUGGGCCAAUCUCGGUCCACUGUAGCGCUGGCGUCGGUCGGACCGGCGUCUUCAUCACCCUCAGCAUUGCCUUGGAGCGAAUGAGAUACGAGGGCGUCGUGGAUAUCUUUCAGACGGUGAAGAUGUUGCGGACGCAGAGACCGGCCAUGGUGCAGACCGAGGAUCAAUACCAAUUCUGCUACAGAGCUGGAUUAGAGUACCUGGGAAGCUUUGAUCACUAUGCAACGUAA